AUGACCGAUACGCCUGAGACAUCGAAUACGCCGGAAGAGAUUGAUGCAAGCGAGACUCCGACGCCGGAUCAUGUCAAACAGGAUUGCGCGAAAGCGCCGCUCAACCCAAAGUGGACGAUCAAGCUCGGCAUCAUCGCCUUCUUCGUGAUCGGAUUUGGUGGUCUGGGUCUCUACGACGCGAUCAUCAAAUAUCCAGAGCGUGGACAGCGUUACGCGGAUUGGGCGAAGUGGCAAUACCUCGAAGCCGCGAAAACCGCGGGGAGCGAGCAGUUCGGGAUCUUCCGCGAAGCGAGCGUUGACAAUCCAGUUGAGGAGUUUGCACGACUGAAGGAUCCGGAGAAGCGUGAGAGUGAUCUGCGCGACGCAGCGAACCAGUCCUCGCCGAGCCAUCUUCGCGCCACGAUGCGCAACACUCGAUUCGAGUGGCUCAAAGCACUCAACACGAUUGGACAACUCACUCCAGAAAACACCACGAUCGCGGAUCCAGAAGCGGAGCUGACAUCGAGCAAGGCUGAAUGGACCUCAAAGACGAAUCCCAAACCACUCAAGGGGUACGACAUCCCGUCGCAGUGGGGAAUCAUGGUCGUUUGUUGGGGAGUCGGCGCUUGGAUGUUGCUUCACAUGUUUAGGGUGAUCGGCCAGAAGUUCUCGUGGGACGCGGACACGAUGGCCAUCACGAUCCCUGGUCCGGUAUCGGUGAAUCCGAACCAGCUCGAAGAGGUGGACAAGCGCAAGUGGGAUAAGUUCAUCGUGUUCCUUAAACUCAACGACACGCACCCCACACACGCCGGGAAAGAGCUGAAAGUGGAUACUUAUCAGCACGCAUUGGUCGAGGACUGGGUUCUCGCGAUGGAAGCUGCAUCGCCGCAAGCGAGCGAAUCGCUUUCCCAAGAAUCCGGCAUCUGGACCAUGGCCGCAUGCAGCGCCUUGCUCGCGCUGUGGGUGCCGGAGUAUGUUGGGUGGUGGACAGUCGGCGCCCUCUUCGGGAUCGCGGCGCUCUCUGAGCUUGUGGAUUUCAUUGCGUCUGCAUUGGGGGUCAAGCGGAUGGGAGGAUCGCGCAGCGGCGCGAUCGGAUCGAUCAUCGGUACACUCGUUGGCGCGAUUCUCGGGACAUUCAUCAUCCCGAUCCCGAUCUUCGGCUCCGUUGUUGGUGGUGUCGCAGGUGCUGGGAUCGGCGCGUUCUUGGCGGAGAAAUCAAUCGCUCAGCGAUCGAUGCGUGAUUCGUUCCGUUCAGGAUCAGGAGCCGCGGUCGGGAGACUCAUCUCGAUGGUGAUCAAGCUGAUGCUCGCUGGAGCAGCGUCGGCUGUGCUUGUCACGAUGGUGAUCUACAACGGAUUCUAA